AUGACAGACCGUGUAUCCCCAAACCCGGUGACGAUCGUGGUCGAGCACUUGGACCCGGAGUUGGGCGCCUGGUCUGCAUUGGAAUAUGGCUGUAUCGCUCGUGAGGCGCAUGCAUCUGGCAGUCGAUUCCUGCUAAGUUCCGUACCCACGUCUCUGCAGAUGCCCCAGGACCUGGCUGCGACGCAAGGGCUCGAGGUCGAACACCGAAGCAUUGAAGAAGUUUUCGCAGACCGGAAGUCCAAGGUCUGUCUGCUGGACCCCGCCGCUCAGGUGGAAUUGAGCCCCGCCGAUGGAGAUGAUUUCGAAGUGUUUCUUUUUGGAGGCAUCCUUGGUGAUGACCCCCCUCGUGACCGGACCUCUGAACUUAGAAAAAAGGGCUAUGCCGGCAGGCGAUUGGGCCCCAAGCAAAUGACCACCGACACGGCGGUCCGAGUAACGCGCAUGGUGGUCCAUGAAAAAGUACCCCUGGAGCAAAUCCAGUACCUGGAUUACCCCGAGAUCCUCAUCAACGAGCAUGAGCGAACCGAGAUGCCCUUCCGUUAUGUGAAGGGCGAGGAUGGGCAGCCCAUCAUGCCUCGGGGAAUGGUUGACCUGAUCAAAAAGGACGCCGACCAGGGAAUCGAUGAUCUGUUCUGA